AUGGAGUGGAGCAGCGGAGCCGUCCUCGGCCGUGGCAGCUUCGGCACCGUCCGUCUCGCCUUCAUCCGACGCGCCGAGGACAACCGCCCGCUGGUCAUGGCGGUGAAGUCCGCCCCCCUCGCCACGUCCGACUCUCUACGCCACGAGGAGUCCGUGCUGUCCGACCUCCGGUGCUGUCCUCACCUCGUCCGCUGCUUCGGCCAUGACGUCACCACCGACGCCGCCUCCGGCGCCCAGUUCUACAACCUCUUCCUCGAGUACGUCGCCGGGGGCACCCUCCGCGACGUGCUCGGCCGCUCCGGCGGAGCGCUUCGGGAACCUGCCGUCCGGCGGUACGCGCGCUCGAUCCUCCGCGCCCUGGAUCGCGUGCACUCGGGAGGGUACGUCCAUUGCGACCUCAAGCUUCAGAAUAUACUGGUGGAGAGCGGCGGCGCGGACGUCAAGAUAGCGGACUUGGGGCUCGCCAAGCGGAUCGAGGAGGAGAUCGACGCGCCCGACCGUGGCAGCAUGCGCGGCACGCCGCUCUACAUGUCGCCGGAGUCGGUGGCGCGGCGCGAGUACGGCGCCCCGGGAGACAUUUGGUCGUUCGGUUGCGCGGUGGCGGAGAUGGUGACCGGUAGGCCAGCAUGGAGCGGGUCGGACGACGGAGAUGCGUGGGGACUGAUGUUCCGAAUUGGAUUCAGCGACGAGCUGCCGGAUAUCCCGAGCAAGCUGUCGGAGGAAGGGAAGGAUUUCCUGAGCCGGUGCUUCGUCAAGGACCCGUUGAAGCGGUGGACUGCAGAGAUGUUGCUGCAGCAUCCAUUCAUCGCAGCGGAGGAAGAUCUCGUCGAUGCCGCUGCGGCUUGCAAUCGAUGCAGUUCGACAGAAAGUUCGCCGCGGAGUGUCUUUGGAUUACCUCAAUGGUUGUCGCCGAGAUCUCCAUCAAAUUCUAUAGAUUCUUCCCUGAUGGAAUCAGUAGCUCCAGAUUCACGUGUUUCUUCUCCAUCCGAUCGUAUCAGGGAACUCGCAACGAUGCAGCAGCCCACUUGGUCCUCUCCUUCUACUUCUUCUUCAGCCGAUGGCUGGAUUGAUGUCAGGAUCUCUGAUGCUAAUCUCAAGUCAGAGGAACCAAAACAUGAAACUCAAGCAACUCUGGAGGAGAUGCUGAGUAGAAUUAGACGCAGAGAUGAUCUGAGACCAGAAAUAGAAUCUAACAAAGAUGGGCUCUGCUGGCACAAUUCAGCUUUGCUUGUUAUUUCGACCCUUUAA